AUGGAAGAGAGCAUCGCCCUGGUAACGGGAUCGAGCGGCUAUUUCGGACAGAGAUUGGUGAAGGCGCUGGCUGAAGAAGGUUAUGUCGUCAGAUGUGUUGAUUUGAACCCUCCCGAAUCAAAACUCCCGGAGAAAUGCGUGUUCCACCGUGCGAACAUGCUUUCGAAGGAGGAAAUGGAGCCUCUGAUCAAAGGAGCAGAAGUUAUUUUUCAUACAGCAAGUGCGGGGAUGACGGGGAGCUAUCAACUAGACGAAAAUUUGAAUAAAAAAGUAAAUGUCAACGGUACUUCAAAUAUCCUCAAUCUUUCGCAAAAACACAACGUCAAGCGAUUCAUCUUCACAUCAUCCUACAACGUUAUCUUCAGCAAAAAAGAGCUUGUCAAUGUCACAGAAGAAGAGCCCUACCCAGACGAUAAGGAUCAAUAUGAUUGGUACUCGAAGACAAAGAAAGAGGCUGAAAAAAUGGUUCUCGCUGCAAACAACGAGGAUUUUAGGACUUGUGCCCUCCGACCGAAUGGAAUUUAUGGCUUAGAGCAAGGCGUCACAAUCUUCAAAUUUGGAAUUGGGACUUGUAUUCUUGACUGGUGUCAUGUGAUGAAUCUGGUCGAAGCGCAUAUUUGUGCGGACAGGAAGUUGAAGGAGGGGAUUGAUGUUUCUUGUGGAAAAGCGUACAACAUCUCCGACGACGCGCCAUCCGACCCAUAUGUUUUUCUUUUUCCUUUGUUCAAAGCCAUGGAGCAACCACUACCUCAAAUCAGCUUGCCAUUUUACCUAGUAUUCUUCUUCGCGUAUCUAAGCGAAAAGCUAACGUCAUUCCUACUUGUGGCUUUUGGAUUUCGCCUCGAGCCCAUUGUUACUCGAAACGAGUGCCUAAAAGUGUGUUUGUCGCAUUAUUGCGAUAUCACUGCGGCGAAAAAUGAGCUUGGCUAUCGACCCGGAAACUACAAGUUUUCUGAUGCGGUGGAUAUUUUGAUGAAAGAGCGAAAAACCAAGCGACGCUGGUCAGAAAUCAUCAACGACAACCGCUACAAAUUCUACUUCGCAUUUGCUCUAGCCCUCGUCGCAAACUAUUUAUUCAAAUUCAUUUACCACGAAUGA